CGCCUUAGUGCCGGCGGGAGCGGGAGGCGGGCGGUGUGUGUUGUGUCGGUGGGGAGAGGGAGCGGUGGGGGAGUCGAGCGAGCCUCCCAGUGACUUCGCAGUCCCUCGGUGCCCGUGUCCCCGUCCCGUGUGAGGGCUGCCGGUGCCCCCCGCCCGGCCCCGCUCUGCCGCCGCCGCCCCGCGGGAUGCGGGCACGGCCCCGUCCCCCGCUAGCCCCGUCCCCCCCGCCGGCCGCAGCAUGAGCGCGGCGAGCGAUGCGUACGUCUUUAUAAAAGACAUAAAACCCGGACUGAAAAACUUAAAUGUCGUCUUUAUUGUGCUGGAGAUCGGGCGCGUCACCAAGACCAAGGACGGGCACGAGGUGAGGUCCUGCAAGGUGGCCGACAAGACGGGCAGCAUCACCAUUUCCGUGUGGGACGAGAUCGGCAGCCUCAUCCAGCCGGGGGACAUCAUCCGCCUCACCAAAGGGUAUGCAUCUCUGUGGAAAGGCUGUUUGACACUUUACACAGGACGAGGAGGAGAGCUGCAUAAAAUUGGGGAGUUCUGCAUGGUAUACUCAGAAGUGCCAAACUUCAGUGAGCCCAACUCAGAACACAUUGGACAGAGCAAACUGGCUCAAGGUGAACAGAAUAAUAGUUGUGCAUCGAGUAAUAUGAGUUCUUGUACUUUCGGGCCACUGGGAAAUGGUUUACAAACUGGACCCGAAUCAAGUGGAUUUCCAUUUACAUAUAAUCACGGCCACUCUUACGCAGGUAGUGGGAGAGGCAAUGGACGAGGACCUGUAAAUCCAGCAACAGCUAAUAGUGUUCAGCCUCUUCCCCCUGCUGUCAGUAAUGGGAGGGACCCACGCAGAGCCUUUAAAAGAUGACUAUGCCAAAUGUGCUUGUACAGCUUGCUUAAACUCUACACUCUACUUGAACACUUAUUGCACUUUUAUUUAUGGUUAACUGUGAACCAGUUUGUCUUUUUUUUUUUAACCUUUUGGUCUAUGGAGCAAACUUAAUGUGAUAUUUUUGUUUUGCUUAGGGAAGCACAGGGAGUCUUCCCAUAAAUUAAAGGAAUAGGGAGAAAAGGUGGAUAAUAAAGAGGGUUGAGGGGUAAUGGUUUGAAGAGUCUCAAUUAAAACUCAAUACCCUUUGUCAAAUGGAAGCAAAUUUUGGUAAUGUGUAUGUAUUUUUCUGUUUCUCUUGGUCAACCAUAGAGCCUUAAAUGGUUUGUCACGUCCUGUGUGCACAUACGUUGACUUCCAAUAGUGGGAGUACUUUGUAUUGGAAGAGAAAUGUUGGAGAAGGGAAAAUGCUGUAGUGAACUAGGUGUCCUUAGAUUGGGCAUAGCUUGCAAAAGCAAUAAGUAUAAGGAAGUGAUGUCGUCAGCACUUUGUGGUGCCUCCUAAAUCAGAACUAUUAACGCAGACAGAAGUUGAAGACCUCAGAAGUGUCUUGAGGCCUUACCUCCGAUUGCAAAAGCCUGUAUACUCUUCUAAAGAAAAAUUCUCAGUAAUACACCAUUAUCAGUGUCAAGGAGAGCAACACUGAUUAUUUUUGCUUUGGGUAGAAGCUUGGAUACUCAUUCUUGCUUUGCUUGGAAUGUGACAGAUCUGAAUACAGGUAGCGCUGGAGAAUACUGUUUGUAGCUAUGCCUGGUAUAGAAAGCUCAGAGCUAGUUUUACAGGACUCUGCAUCUCCAAGAAAGAAUGAGUUUCAGAAACUGUUCUCAAAUGCUGCAUUGCAUCUCUCUUCAAUGAGGCUGCCUACUUUUCCUUCAUUCACUUUUCCAAAUGAAUUAUACAUUAGAUCAAGCUGGAUGUGUUGAUUGCAGAGGUACUGGCCAAGCACACAGCUGCAGUUCUGAUGCUUUAAGCUUUUGUCCCUCUGUUUUAUAUGGAAUACGAGUUAUCCCUUAGAGAACUUAACCCCCACCCCAAUCUUCCCAGGAGGGAAAUAGCUGUGGUUUUAUUUCUGAUAUUACAAAUGUUUUGAGUCUAGAUAUUAAAAGUUCUGUGCCAUAUUUCAGAUCAGGUUUAAAAUACAACUUCGAAGCUGAGAUGUCAUACUGGAUUCAUCUGUUUAACUCUUCUUAUAGCUGACCUCUCAAAUAAAAAUUGCACUAACCAUUUAAAAAAAAAAA